GUACUAGCUCAAACUCCGCUCACUAAAGACCAUAAACUUCACGUAGUGAAAUUCAGCUGGACGUCGCGUUCCUAAACACGAGGAGCAAACGGAACAUCUGACACAGACCCUGAGCAGCAGUUUGAAUCAGUGAGAAGAAAGAGGAGGAGAUCGUAUCUCUACUCUGCUGAUGAUUUGUUUGCAUUGUGCAUGUCUUUCCCCCAUUGCAGAUGUGAAGAAUGGAAUGAGCUGCUUUUACACACUGGUUUCACUGCAGCAUGGGAACUGCUGUGUCCAAGAAGAAGAAUUUAAGGAAUGAUGCGAUUUCUUCUGUUGCCGCAAAAGUUAGAGCAGCUCGAGCAUUUGGAGAGUACCUUUCUCACACGCACCCUGAGAACCGCAACGGAUCAGAUCACUUGCUAUCUGACACCUUCAUUGGUCAAGACACAGACUCCCCAGACAUCAGCCGACUGAACAACAAUAACAGCCUCCAGCCAUACUCCCAACACACUCUCAUAGUCAAGCCCAGUCAAGAAGAGGUUCAGCCAGGCAGCCAGUCUGCACCCCUUCCUACCAGUUCCAAGUGUCGUCUCUCCAUAGAACGCAGCCUUUCUUCUGAGGACCAGCAUCAUCAAAGGUGUGUAGAGAGCUCUUUGAAGCCAGCUCGCGUCUACACCAUUACUAGGGAGCGAGAUAUGCUUGGAGGCCAGGGAAGCAAGGAGUGCCUGGAGCUAGAGGUGCUGAAGAGGACCACAGAACCGCCAAGAACCAAUGCUCCCUCCAGUUUACGUGGCAGCCAUCAUCGAGGAAGCCACCAUCGUGGAAACAACGGCCCUACCCACCAGCAUCACUACAGCCAUGCACCUCUGACACAACCUUUGCAGAGCUCAGGGAGCGCCCAUAACAUCCGGGACUGGGGGUCGAGGCGGAGCAGGUCAAGGGAGGAUUGCACGCCGGAUUGUGUGGACUGCAUUCGGCCACACUGCCAGAGCCAGCGCUCUCUAGAUCUUGAGACGUCACCUCACGGUGGUGGCAAACAGCACAAGAAGCUAGAGAGGAUGUACAGUGAGGACCGUGUGUCCUCUGAAGAUCGAGAGGAUCACACGAACAGCUGGUUCCCUAAAGAGAACAUGUUUAGCUUCCAGACUGCGACCACCACCAUGCAAGCAAUAUCGAACUUCCGGAAACACCUGAGGAUGGUGGGCAGCAGGAGAGUGAAGGCCCAGACAUUUGCUGAUCGGAAUACGAAGAGUUUCAGCCGGUCCUGGAGUGACCCCACACCCGUCAAGCCUGACUCUCUCCAUGACUCCAGAGACAGUGGAGACCUCCAGGCAUCGUCUGGCAAUCUGGAUGAAGAAGACUGCGAUGAUGUCGACUGGGAGGAAGAGAGAGAGUCGGAAAGAGCAGCUUGUGAGGGCGAUGACUUCAUCCCACCCAAAAUCAUGCUAAUUUCAUCAAAAGUACCAAAGGCCGAAUACGUUCCCAACAUCAUCCGUCGGGACGACCCCUCCAUAAUCCCCAUUCUCUAUGAUCAUGAGCAUGCCACCUUUGAUGAUAUACUAGAGGAGAUUGAAAAGAAACUCACCGCCUACAGAAAAGGCUGCAAAAUCUGGAACAUGCUCAUCUUCUGUCAGGGAGGUCCAGGUCAUCUCUACCUUUUGAAGAACAAAGUGGCCACAUUUGCUAAAGUAGAGAAGGAGGAGGACAUGAUACAGUUCUGGAAGAGACUCGGCAGAUUCAUGAGUUUAUUAAAUCCUGAGCCCAACCUCAUCCAUAUUAUGGGCUGCUAUGUGCUCGGCAAUGCUAACGGAGAAAAGCUUUUUCAAAACCUCAAGAGACUGAUGAAACCUCAUGCCAUUGAGUUUAAGUCUCCUCUGGAACUGUCAGCUCAGGGUAAGGAGAUGAUCGAGAUGUACUUCGAUUUCCGCCUCUACCGCUUGUGGAAGAGCCGCCAGCACUCCAAACUUCUCGACUACGAUGACCUUCUGUGACAUUGUGUCGUUGGUUUAACAGCCCAAGAGGCAGGUAGCUUUCUUUAGGGCCCAUGCGGCAACGUUCCCUCCGGAGAGAGCCUGGGCGGAAAAGCCCUGAGGUGGAAGGAGGAAGAUGAGGUUGAGGAUGCGGAUGGCUGACAUUGAGAAGACGUUCCAAUUCUCCGCCCUCAGAUGUAACGAGGAGAAGCAGCCAUUACUGUUAGGUGCUGUGUCUUCACCCCAUCCAUUUGAGCUUUCAGCUUGAAAGAGAAACAUUCGGGGAGAUCUCCGCAGGUCUUAACUUUUAACCUGUGAGAGGUUUAGAAAAUAACGUUCCGUUUCUUUGAAAAUUGAAAAAGCUGUUAAGAAGGAGGAAAAAUAAGAACAGAUUUGUUUUUAGUACUUUUGAGUAGCUGUUUUUGUGGUUAACUAGCAGGGGCAGUGAACCAAGGCCAUUUAACAGUGAAAAACGCCUUGAGGUUAUCUACAAAUGCAGGAUAAACUGUGGAACUACAUAUCUGUUGUAUGUACAUAUUCACUCAAACUCUAAAAUAACUACUGUAAUUUAUCUUUCAGCAUAAUAGUGCACUGUUUUAGUUGUUAAAGUAUGGUGGUUUUUUAGGAUUCAUUAGAGGGAAUAUAACUCAGGUUUCAUUCGUUUAACUGGCCUCCCUCUGUGCUGUACCAUCUUUAGAUAGAGAGAGAAGAGGAAAGCGAAACUUUUUUUCAAUAGAAAGCUGUUCAGUUUGAAUGAUUGAGCUACCUGAGUGGUGUUGAAAUAACACUCACACUUUAUAUCUGUAUCAGGAACUUUGUGUGUUUAGAUGUUUUAGAUUUCUAUAGACUCAUGUACUGUGUGUGUAACAUUAAGGCAUGUGUAGACGGAGCUCAUUUUAGAGCGGCAGAUUCUAUCCUUUAGCUUCAAAAAUUUUCUAGCAUCUUAAAGAAAAAACAUUGAAUAAGAUUUUAAAAUUGAUUCAUUUUGACAGUAAUAUAAACAAUGCUAUUCAGUUAGUGAAUUUGCGCUCAGAUCGUGUCAUAUUUGUGAAUUUUCUCCUACUGUUUGUUUGUCCUAUGCGUCUGUAAGUAUUUGACGUGAUGUCGAGCUCUGUUUUGUGGUGUUUUCUUUGUAGGUGGAGGAUAACUGAUCAUUUUCCAUUUCUGAUAAGUCAAAGUGCAAUUGUAUCUGCAAUAUUUCUCUUUAAGUGUUACUGUGAUCCUGUUUUGAAUAUCAAGAUUAGUUUUUUUUCAUAGUAUACAGGAUAGUACAUUUAGUCUUUAAAGUGGUUCUCUGUGGAGGAAAAUGUUCACGAAUCGCUCUAGUUGGUGUGUGGGUGUGUUUUGGAUGCACCAAACAGAUAAAACAGUAGAUAGUUGUAAUCUUUAAUCAUCACGAGUGGAUGUAUAAGUGCAAAACAGCAGCGUCUAUAGCAUUUCAUAAAAAGCUGCCAGAUUGAAAAAGUGCAAUGUGGUUAGUCUUUCUGGGGUAAUAAUACAAAAAUUAGUAUGCAUUGCAAUAUUCAAUGGAAGCAAACAGGAAAAAGAUCCCUAAUGUUGCUAUAUUUAGAGCAUAAAACUCUAGUUGAAAUUUACCGUUAUGAGAGCAUGUGAAGAAUCACGCAUAUCUGUUUGUGAGUGUGUUUUAGCUUUAGAGAUGCGGACAGGGGCACUGAGAUGUGAAGGAUGCAUCUGUGUUUGCCUUGUACAUCUCUUUUCAUCUCUGACCACUCAUGCAGACGCCCUGAAAAUCUCUGUAUAUGUAGGGCCAUCAGGGAACGAGUGUGUUCUGAUUAGAUCAAAUCAAAACAGCCCGACCGCUUCAGACGAUUGCAUGUCUCGAUAUGGCUUUGUAUUUUGCUAUCCAAACUUAUUUAAACUCAUGUAAUCACAUCAAGUCGUUGUAUGCUAUAAUGCUAAAAUGAUUGUCAAAUUGCUAGGUAGUAUGAAUAUGAUCUAUGGGUGUAAUAGAACAUAGCAUUUGAUUUCUUGUGUGUUGUCACUGAUUGAGCCAAUGGCACAUGAGAACCAUAAGGACUCAGCAAGAGCUCUGAGGAUCAUGGAGCCAUCUGGAUUGGCGGAAAGGUCUUUGGCAUGUCAGGUGUGAAGACCCCCCUGCUCUUGCAAGAAGAUGUUUAGUGUAUGCCGUAUGGCCUCGUGUUGAUUGUGUCAUGCAUUAGAAAGUCAUUUCAUAUAUUCAUUGUUAUGCGUCAUGUUUUAGGAAAUGAAAGGAGAGUUGGUGGAAACAUGCAGGAGUGUCUCAUUCCUAACUAAUCCAUCCUUGUGUAUCUCUCCUGUAGCAAUAGACAUUGUAACAUGAGCUGCUUUGUUUCUAGGACACACUGUACUGCUUCUAGAAUGCUGCUGUUUGAAUACCUUUGUAUGCUGUUUAUGUUUCCAGCAGCAUCCGUUUCAUUUUUACCAUGGCCACUGGCUUUGCAGCACAAUGGAGAGAGACAUAUGAGAUGUCAUUGAGCUCUGGGCAAUAAUAUUUGAAGGCUUCAGGCAGUUUCUCUCUGUUGACUGUACAAAUUAUUCAUGAUCUCGAUAUGAAGCAGUUAAACUAAAUGAUUAUUGUGAUGCUAAUUCAAACUAAUAAUUGGUCAACUUUAAAACCAAUAAGGCACUGAUAUGCAUUACAGUUAGUUCCCUUUGGAGUUUGUAAAGCAAACCUGAAAUCCUGAUAUGUUGAUAUUAAAGAGAAUUUGAGAAACAUCGACAGAAUGUUCAAAUGGUUCUGGUAUGGUUUUGAGGUGUUACCUGCUUGGGAAUAGAAAAUGCCUCCAGGAGCCUGAUUAUUACACCAAGAUAUCAUUUUUUCAUGUCUGGACUGUUACACGGCUUCAUAUGUAACAUUUUUUCCCAGCUUUUAAAAACAAUAUUUUAGUUGAUGUUAUCUAAGCUGGUGUCCUGCUGUUUGAUAUGGAGUGGUUGAUUAGAUUAAAUGCUGAAUGAUUGAUAGCUUCAUGAUUGCGCCAUUAGACUCCUUGGCUCAUGGUGUUUUUAAGAGAAAUAUGUUUUUGCACACUUGCAGUGUGUCUUUUAAUUUCUGCAAAGCCUAACGGGUGAAACGAAUCACUUUUAAGCAUUGUCAGUAGCAAUGAUAAAUAAUACUUUAAAUAGCCUAUUACAAUAUCUAGAAAGUCUUGAAGAGUG